UUAGUUUACAUUGAAUAUAUACAUGAAAGAAUAAACAGGGAAUAUAAUUUUGUUCAGAAUUUUGCAUGGAUAAAUAGUACUAUUGAAAGGAAAGGUUGAAUUGAAGAACAGUUUGUAAGAAUCGUGUGGAGAAAUUUUGACCAAAAAAUUUAGUGGCAGAUUAUAAAAGAACGUAUAGACCUACAGAUUUUACAAGAAUAUUAGUGACCAAUUCUGAAAGAAAAAAGUGUUGAAAAAUAACCUUAGUAUAUAGUAUUACUGUAAUUCCAAGGAAAGCAGAAUUUGAAGGAUAUUAAAACAUUACAGUCAUGUCUAUAACAUCAACUCCGAGACCGCCUAAUCCCAUGAGGUUGCAAUCCCUCAGUGAACGUAAUGAAAGUACACUGUUUCAGAGGCGUAGGUUGCACCCUCAUGAGAAUGAAAACCCACCAUUGGGUGACAUUCAUGAGCAUGGGGCUGGUCAGCCUGGGGCUCCAUUACCAGGGUUCCCUAUUCCAAAUGGACCAAGUUCUGACAUGUCAAAUGGCAUCGGAGUGUGUUGUCGAUGUGGGGAGGGUUUCGGACAACACCAGCAAAUAGUUAACUCUAAUGGGGAGGUCUGGCAUCCACACUGCUUUGUGUGUGCCCAGUGCUUCCAACCUUUCCCAGAGGGAAUUUUCUAUGAGUUUGAAGGCAGGAAGUACUGUGAACAUGACUUCCAUGUAUUGUUUGCUCCAUGCUGUGGGAAAUGUGGAGAAUUCAUCGUUGGCAGAGUGAUUAAGGCUCUGAAUAACAGCUGGCAUCCCGAUUGUUUCCGGUGCCAGAUUUGUGCCGGACCUCUCGCUGAUUCUGGUUUUGUUAAAAAUGCAGGAAGAGCUCUAUGUCGUGAGUGCAAUGCUCGUGAGAAGGCACGUGGACUGGGAAAGUAUGUGUGCCAUAAAUGCCAUUCUAUAAUUGAGGAAGGACAUAUAAAAUACAAGGGGGAGGCCUUCCAUCCUUACCACUUUAACUGUAAUCUUGCAGGUAAUCAUGGUAUUGAGCUGAAUGCUGAUGCAAGGGAAGUGAAUGGUGAGCUGUACUGCCUUAGAUGCCAUGAUAAAAUGGGAAUACCAAUCUGUGGUGCUUGCAGACGUCCCAUUGAGGAGAGAGUUGUACAUGCACUGGGUAAGGCCUGGCAUGUGGAACAUUUUGUUUGUGCCAAGUGUGAGAAGCCAUUCUUUGGUACCCGGCAUUAUGAGAAGAAGGGACUGGCCUAUUGUGAGAUUCACUACCAUCAGCUGUUUGGAAACAUUUGUUUCACUUGUAACAGUGUUAUCUCCGGUGAUGUGUUCCAUGCAUUUAACAAGGCUUGGCAUGUCAACCAUUUUGCUUGUUCUAUAUGUGAUAGAAAAAUGAGUCAAAAAACGAAAUUUUUCGAGUUUGAUCUGAAACCAGUAUGCAAGUUUUGUUACGACAAGUUCCCGGGGGAAUUAAAGAAACGUCUGAAGAAAGCGUAUGAUGAGCAAACUAAGAAAUAAACCAGAAUUCAUAAUCGUUACAAAAAAUGUUCAUUGUUUAAAUAAUAUUGUUGUAUUUUUGCAUGCCUUAAUAGAAAAAUGUUAAUGUUACAAUUAUUGUUAUUUAAACUAGCUAUAUAUUCAAUUUCUGCUUCAAACUUUGACGUAUUUAUUAUAUAUUAUACAUGUUAUACAUGCAUGAAUGUAUAGCCUUUAAUACAUGUUGUAGAUCUGUUCUAGGGGCAUUUGUAAUCAAGUGGUAUGGGUCACUGUUUUCAAAUCAAUUUCUCCUUGUCAUAACAGUGUUUCUACUUCCGGUGCAAGUUAGUACCUGAAAAGCUAAAAAUUUGCCAUGUGCCUUUGAAAUGUUGUUAUAACUUUCAACAUUACAAACAGAUCUGCGCAUCAAUAGAUAUAUUAUUAUUAUUAUCAUCAUUAUGUAAUGUCAUUCAAAAUGUUUGGGGGUUUUUUUUCUGUGAAAUUUAGAAUUUUAGAAAUUUUUAGAAAUGAUAAUGAAAGUAUUUUAGCCUUCAAGAUAAUGUGACCCUUGACCUUUAGGUAAAUACCACCUAUAGUCCAGUAAAUUCCAUUUAGAUUUUUCCCUUAGAAUAUUUAGGUAACUUUGGUUAUAAAACAUAAAUUUUGGUCUCUCACAAAUCUCAUGAUUUUCAUUGGUCAGUGUAUGUUCUAUGUUAGUUUCUGACCAAUCAGAUACCUGGAAUUAGAAAUUGUUUUAUAAUCUACUACCCAGGCUUCUUCAGAGAAGUUUGAUUUUAUUUAAAACUCAGUACUGGGACAAUAGUUAUCUUCUGUCCCAGCUCAGUAGUAAAAAUUAACAGUUUUAUAUAAAACUCAUCAAUUUGUAAAUAAUCAUUAUUAACUACACACUACAAGUGCAAUAUUCACCUGCUAACAAAACAAAAAUCAUGAUUUAUUGCCAAAUUAAAUCACAAAGACAUGAAUGUCAUAGUUAUAGUAUAAGCAUUAUGAAAUUGAAUAAUAUUUGUUUAAAAGUGUAAACAGUUGCAGUACAAUCACAAUGGAUUUGUAAGAAAAAAUAACUGCAUGACUAAUUGAUUAAAAUAAUUUUGAUUUUUUUUUCAAUUUUGUUUAUUUUGCUUUUUUAUGUAAAUAAACAUAGUCAUAUUAUAUAGACCGAAAUGAUACUAAUUUAUGUAAUCGCAGUAUUUUGUAUUCCUUAAAAUUUACAUAAUUAUGAAAAUAAAAGGUCAAAUAUGCUUUUUUAUGUCAAUUCUUGUAUACAAUUAAUAUAUAUUACUUACCACUGCCAUUAAGUUUAAUGUAUAUUUUUAGUUUGUAAAGCAUUUAUUUAUACAUAAUGUUAUGAAAAAUGUAGUUUGAAAGUAUUUCUGUGAGCAAAUGAUUUACCCUGGAAAAUAGAAUUUUUGAUAAUCUUAGGAAAACAAUGUACAUGUAUAAUAUUUCAGAUUGGCAAAUGAUUUUGUCACAGAAAAAGAUACCUUUAAUUAAAAAAAGAAGAUUAUUUUUAUUGUUUGUUUAGAAUCAAAAUGAUUUUCUUAUGAAAAUGAUCUUAUAAAAAAAUGAUUAUCAUAUUAAAAUAUUGUUACAACCAAAUUAUUUUUUCUUCUUAUGGAUAUAUUUGACAUAUUUGGUCAUAUCUUUGGACUGGCUUAUCUUGAUAACUAACCAGAUAUUAUCAUUUUCAUUUGUAAGUGACCAACUACUUAUCCCUGAUAAUUUCUGAAUCAGUAUGUAGGGACAAAUGAUUGGUAGAUGAGAUGUCCGAGAUCAAUUGUCACAGAAGAAUCUGUAUGAAAAUUGUAGAAAAUUUAAGUUGUACGCAAAUGAUUAUUAUACUAGUAGAAAAAUAUUCUUGUAUGCAAAUAUAUUUCUUACUAAAAUAGUUUUACAAGCACACACUUAUGGUACAAAAAUUGUACUAAGAGUAAAUUGCUUUGGUACAAAGGUACAUGUAUUCUUAUAAGCGAAUGGUAAAUAUGGUAAAAUAUUCAUGAUGAAAUCUAUGCUUAAUGAGUGUCCAUCAGUCCUUUCUUUUUGCACUGUCGAGUAUGGACCCUGUACAUGUCACCAGUCAUGUCCUUUAAAGGGUUAAAUUUGAAACACAAAAUGGCGAUAAUUAACCUCUAUGCAAUGAGCCAUAAUAUAAGUAUAAUUAUAAGUAUAAUAUAAGUAAAAUAGAAUAAGCCAAAAAGAUAUGAAUAGAUCGAAAAUAUUCAUAUUUAUAAAGAAUAGAAACAUAUUCCCAUUAGCUCGACUAUAAAAAAAAAUGAUUAUCAUUUAAAGUUAGUUAACUCUGUAAGGAAUAUUAAGAUAUAGAAAAGACUAUGUAGAUAUAUUUAUUUUGUUAUGAUUACUACAGGCUAGUUCUUGUAUUAUAGAUAAUAUAGCAUCUAUUGUGCUGAAUGUAUCUCAGUUAUUUGUAAACAAUUAUUGUAUAUAUGAUGGAAUUAAAUUACAAGAUGAA